CGUCUGAUCAUUUCCGGUCUUAGGAAAAAGGAUCGUUUUCCUCCAUCCUGGCAUUUGUCUCCAUCCUGGUCUCUCCGAAGUGCCCGGACCAAAAACAGGAAGGUUAUUAUGAACGGAGGGGAGGACGCGGCUGGCACUGUAACUCUGGAAUCCGUGAACCCCGUCACCUUGACUCAGGACACUGACGGCAACAUCAUACUGCACUGUCCUCAAAAUGGUGAUGAGGCCGUGCUGGAGGCGGAGUCUGAGCAGGUUACAAAAAGACUGCGACUGUCCAAUGAGGAGCCACAAGAUGCACAAGACUCCGCCCCUCAGUAUUCAGACUCCGCCCCUCAGUAUUCAGUUGUCACCCUCCCUAUUUCAGAGACUGACGAGGGGUUUGAGGUGACCAUGACUGCUACGGAGAUGACGGAGGGAGAGUUGGAUCAGGAAGGAGUGGCUCAGAUUCAGAUAGUGCAAGAUGAGGAUUCUCUCUCCCCUCAAAAAUCAGAUGUUUCCCCUGUGAGUCAAGCAUGGUUCACCACAAAAGAGGACAAAGACACACUUGUCAAUAAAGGGCAUAAGUGGAAACAAGGCAUGUGGUCAAAAGAAGAAAUAGACAUUCUGAUGAAUAACAUUGACAGUUACUUGAAGGGCCGUGGCAUCCAGGACCCCACAGAGAUCAUAUUUGAGAUGUCUAAAGACGAACGCAAGGAUUUCUACCGCAGCAUCGCUUGGGGUCUGAACCGGCCGCUCUUUGCUGUGUACCGCCGCGUGCUGCGCAUGUAUGACAACCGAAACCAUGUUGGCAAGUACACUCCAGAAGAGAUUGAAAAGCUGAAAGAGCUUAGGGAGAAGCAUGGUAAUGACUGGGCAACCAUAGGAGUGGCAUUGGGGCGGAGUGCGUCGUCUGUGAAAGACCGCUGCAGGUUAAUGAAGGACACGUGCAACACAGGUAAGUGGACAGAGGAGGAGGAGCGUCGGCUGGCGGAGGUGGUGCACGAGUUGACGGGCACGGAGGUGGGCGAAGUGGUGACGCAGGGCGUGUCGUGGGCAUCGGUGGCCGAGCUGGUGGGCACGCGCUCGGAGAAGCAGUGUCGCUCCAAGUGGCUCAACUACCUCAACUGGAAGCAGAGCGGGGGCACGGAGUGGACCAAGGAGCACGACCUCUACCUGGUGCGCAGGAUCGCAGAGCUGGGAGCUGAAGAUGAGAACGAGAUUAACUGGGAGAAGCUGGCGGGCGGCUGGAGAAGUGCCCGGUCACCCCAGUGGCUCCGCAGCAAAUGGUGGACCAUCAAGAGACAAGUAGCCAAUCACAAAGAACUGCCUUUUCCUGUGUUGUUGAAGGGACUGCAGGACGUGGCAGAGACCCAGUCCUACAGUAAGGUGCUGCUGGUCGGCUCUCAGGCUGGAAGCUCCUCCCCUCCGGUCACGGCUCUCCAGAUCCCAGUGCAGAUCCCGGUCCAGAUCACACAUGUUUCUAAUGAAGGUGGUAGCACUACUGCAGAUGCUGAGACCAUCACUCUGAACCAAGGAGCAUUGCAGACAUUUGAACUGGUACCUUCAUUUCAUCUUCAGCCCACGGGCACCCCAGGCACAUAUUACAUCCAGACGACGGGGGCCAAUCAGAAUCUCCCGCUCACGCUGUCAGCCAAUCCCACGGUCACGCUGACCGCAACUGCGUCACCCACAUCGCCAGAUCAGAUCAUCUUACACAGCCUGACUACUGAUGGGUUGAAUGAGAAUGUGUCGGUGCAGAUGGCCCACCCGGGCGUCAUCAUUCAGACAGUCACCUCGGAACCUCUGGAGGGGGCGGGGCUAAAGGAGGAGGGGUCAGAAGGCGGCGCAGAACCAACAGACAAACUCCAGAGUUCCGCAGAAUCAGAGAGCAAGAAUGAGACUCUGGAGUCUUCAGCGGUGGACACGCCUACCGUUGAUUCUGGGAUAUCUGCGGUGGACACGUCUACAGUUGAUUCUGGGAUAUCUGAGAGGGAGGUGCUUAUUGUCCCUUCCCCCAAUAGCUUCAUCCAAACCAGCGACAUCACAGAUGACAUCAGCACCGACUCAGUCCUCCCCGUAGGGACACUUACAGAUCCCAUUCUACAGAAUCAGGAGGAAGGGUCUGACUAAAGCAGAACAGAACUUUCUGGAUCUCACCCAUUGCUCAGUUCUACAGGCCUCUUUUGGGAGCUGCAAAACGUUUCAAAUACGAAGGCACUCCAUUGGAUGUGGACAUGAACACUAACCUGCAAAACGCACCCACGUUGAUCACACAUGUUCUUAUGCAGACAGACACACACAACCCAAACACAUUGCAGUACAGAGGAAGAUGCUCUCUAAAACGCCGGCCUCCAUAAUGCACUGAUGUAACGUUAUGAACACAACUCUGAGCCUCAUCAAUGGUUUACACACACACACACGGAGUUUCCUCAUACACAUCUGCACUUCACAGCCCAGACUAGCCUCAAGCAUAGAAUACCUCUCACACACAUUGUAGCCACAUAUAUAUUUGUUCCUCACACAGACCCAGAGCAUUAUAAACAGCAGGACUAGUGCUAGGGCAAGAAGUGUUUGUUUGUGCAUAUAAUCUAACAAAUAACUGGUCUAACAAUGUUUACUGUUGAUGUACAAAGAUGUAGGGAUGUUUUGUAUAUAUAACUUGUCAGGCCUAUUUGGUUUAAAAGGUUGCGAGUGUGAGAUCAACGCCUCAUUCAUUUCCCCAUGGAUGUAUGUAUGUUUAUUUAUUAAAGCCCUGCAAAGGUG